AUGGAUUCAGCAGGGAAACAGACGAUGCUUCUCUUAGUCCUCCUGCUUUUGGAGCUAACAACAUGCAUUGCAAGAGAUCUAUCAAGCAAAGGAUCGAGAGGAAAGCUGUAUCCUGAGAAACCUCCUGUUAAGACUAUCAAGGUCGCAUUUCUUAUUAGAGAAGAUGGAGAAUUGAUCGAUUGCAUAGACAUUUACAGCCAGCCAGCUUUCGGCCAUCCAGCACUUAAGAAUCACACGAUUCAGAUGGAACCGAGCUCAGGUGCAGAAGGGAUAGCGAGAAGGGAGACUUCAGAAGGCAAGGGAAAUUGGUGGAGAAGUAGGUGCCCUCCGGGCACGGUCCCCGUCCCAAGGCCUCCAAGCCCCAUCUCACCCUUUUUUACCUCCAAAUUUGUUGAUCGAAAGGGAUACCUUCACGAGCACGCCUACUUGUAUGAACGUGGAGUGUUCCAUGGAACCGAAGCAAGAUUCAACGUGUGGAACCCGCAGACGGAGGGGCAAAACGGAGAAUUCAGCCUCGCUCAACUGUGGAUUGUCAAUGACAGUUCAGAUUGGAACUCCAUUGAAGCUGGUUGGCAUGUAUUUCCAUCCUUAAAUGGGGACAGUCAGCCGCGGCUGUUCGUGUAUUGGACGAGAGAUAAUUACGGAAGCACAGGAUGCUACAAUCUCAAGUGCCCCGGAUUCGUUCAAGUGAGUGAUCAAAUAUCUCCAGUUAUGGCGAUAUCCCCAGUUUCAGCAUAUGAAGGCGAACAAUUAUUCAUCGAUCUUCUAGUCUUCAAAUUGGGAGUGGGUCCACAGUUUGAUAUGGGACUUAUGAACUCCUCUUCAGUCUUGACUCCUGCAAGAAACAGCUGUGUGGAAUUUUCCUACAAUUGGCAAAAGAUUCAACGGAAGCCCCCAAAUAUAACCGCAGCAAAUUUACUGGAAUGGGGAGGGGAGGUGUCCAGGUGGGCCAACGGCCCCCGCCUGGCCACCAAGAUGGGAAGCGGCCAUUUUCCGAGCGAAGGCCGCGACGGCAUAUCUUGCUCUGUGAAGAACAUUGAAUGUUUGAAUGCAACAACCAAUGCCUUCGUCCAGCCAACUGCUGCUGUUGCAGUCGCAAAAGUCAGGAAUUGCUAUGAUAUCAAUAAUGUUGGCAGCACGGCCACUGAUGGAUAUGUCAUUUACUUCGGGGGGCCAGGCAAAAGCGAUAUAUGCCAGUGA